AAUUCCACAGCCUAGCGGUCAGCAGUUCCAUAGUCUGAUUGAGAGGAUUAGAAGGUGGUUGCUUCCCUGAGGUCAUGACAGAGUGAGGCAAAGAGACCCUCUCACCAUUCGAAAGCAAAGUUCCGAUUCGGGACCUAUUUAGUGCGGCGGGGGCGGAGCGACAACUCUCGCGCUUAGGACAACUGCAGCUGCGCGGAGUCACACUUCCGUCCCCGACCCCGAGAGCUUGCAGAACGAUCUGUUAUGGCGGCUGGGAUGUUAGGUUUGUGCGGCCGCCGCCUUUUGGCAGUAGCGGCGACGCGAGGGCUCCCUGCUGCCCGUGUUCGCUGGGAAUCCAGCUCCUCCAGGGCUGUGAUCGCCCCGUCCACUCUGGCGGGAAAGCGGCCGUCAGCACCGACAUUACGCUGGCAGGAGGACCCAGAACCCGAGGACGAAAACCUCUAUGAGAAGAACCCAGACUCCCACGGUUAUGACAAGGACCCUGCUGUGGACGUCUGGAACAUGCGGGUUGUCUUCUUCUUCGGAUUCUCCAUCGUCUUGGUCCUUGGCAGCACCUUUGUGGCUUAUCUGCCUGACUACAGGAUGCAGGAGUGGGCCCGCCGGGAAGCUGAGAGGCUUGUGAAAUACCGAGAGGCCCAUGGCCUCCCCAUCAUGGAAUCCAACUGCUUCGACCCCAGCAAGAUCCAGCUGCCAGAGGAUGAGGAAUAACUGGUUGCCAAAAGGGGCAUAAGAAGCACCACCUUCUCUACCCUGCCUGCCAUUCUGCCCUCUCCUCAGAGCCCCUAAUUAAAGGGACUGAAAGUGUGA